CCUCGAGACUCGAUCGUAACCUGGGCGCUGGUAAUGGCACACUGGCACACGUGCCAUGCGACAACGACGACGAUACACAAGACAUCGAGAGGCCCCGCAGAUGACCCGUGAAUUGCAAGACUGAGCGCUAGAGGCUCCAAGACAACUUUGGCCCGGAACUCGGUGGGCGCAGUUUCGAGGGACAGACGACAACGCUUGGUGCAGAUGGAGAUCACGCAAGAUUGAAGGGAAGCGCUUUCCAGCUGUAGCAUUCGUGCAAUUGCUUGAUUGCCUGAACAGCAACGCCCUCUGUACAUUCUGUACGAGGAUCAGCACGAGGUGUCGGCAGGCGGAAGGAUUCGCUCAAGAGCGCGAGGAUCGGCUGUGCAUGCGCGCGUGCUUUCAGCACAGCUCACCAUCAGCGAUCCGGCUCCACGGGCUGCGAGGAAGAUAUGCGGCAGCUGGGAAUGGCACGAUGGGCAGAGGACUGGCCAGUCAUCCUAGAUUUGCGCCCCGUCGAAGCUUUCUGCGCGGCUCACAUACUGCGUUCCAAUCACAUAGGAGGUCUUGCCGAGCUGGAGCAUAGAUUCAGCUCCCUGCCUCCUCCACCCAUCGUCCGCGCAAGUCCCAACGGAGCGGAUGGACACGCAGCAGCAGCAGCAGCAGCAGCAGCAGCCUCACCGUCGAGCGAGCGUGUGCAAGUGCCUCCUAUUCGAUUGAUUGUGGCAAAGAAACGUGAUUGGAUCAUUCAGCACAAGUUUGACAAGUGGCAUGUGCAUGGCUGGAGGUGGAUCGUCGGACCUGAAGAAUGCGAGUUGCCCAGCCAGCGUCUGGUCGUGCGCAAUGCGAAUGCCGACUCGCACGCAGAUGCAACGGCCGCACCGUUCGACAAGUCGUGCGGAAGUGCAAGCGCCUUGCGCGAUCUGAUAGAGAGUCUGCGAAACGACACGGCAAACGAUGAGCAGCAAGAAGGCGCGCUCGAAUUCUGGCGCCUCGCAGCGCACUUGGGCCUGUUGACUUCGACGAGUGCAGAUGUUCAAGGCGAUCGAGAAGCCUUCAACACGAUUCCUCGUGACGCGCGACACCGCCACGAUAUGCCUGCAUUGAUGUUCCAGCCAUCGCCUGUAGUCGAACGGGCCAUGCUGGCUUUUGCCGACGGGGACUCGGUAAGGAUAGGCGAAUCGGAUCGCGACGAGGCUACCGUCGCUAGGGCUCUUGACCUGGGCUGCGGAGGAGCAAGAGAUGUGGCAUGGGUGUGCGAGUACGCAUCUCGAGUACUCACACCGGGUGUCAUUUGGCGCAUAGUCGGCGUAGACUCGCUGCGAAAAGCGCUCUUGCGGGCGGAAAUGCUGCUGAGAGAUGCGGGCUUUGCGCCUGCGCGAGGCAUCCUGGACGGGCCCACCAGCCUCAUCGACCACGCAUCGUCGUCAUUUGCCGGAGCGACCGGCGUAGACGCCCUUGUAUGGGCUCGCAUCGCCGAGCAAAAGAUCAGAGCAGUCCGCAGGGAAGAAUCCGAACAAGCGAGUCCGCAGGCGUUGGACAUGGCGGGCACGCCACCCAUGGGCACGUUCGACCUCAUCUUGCUCGUAAGAUUUCUGCCGCCCAUCGACUUUCUGCUCGGUUUGCAUGGAUGGAUCAACGUGAGAGGCGUAUUGGCCAUCUCCCAUUUCGCUCUGUUGAGCAGCGAGGAGAAGCAGAGGCUGAAAACGAACAGCGAAUCAGUAAUUUCCGAGCACCUGCGAUCAGGCCCAGGGGCGGAGGAUGAGUGGCGCAAAAAUGGCCUCCGACGCGCUAUCUUUAGCUGUGGCCGCUUCGAACCAUCUCUUUGGAGUACAUACACAUCUCCUCCAACCAGUGCUCGUUUCUCGGUAGAUCAUUUGCAGCUCAUCUUACGAGCCUGGAAUCGGUGGUCGAAUGAUUCCGCCAUGGCGCACAAUUUGGACAAUGCAGCGAAGCGUUGCCCUCCAUUCGAGCUCGUGGAGCACCGCAUAGAGGAAACAGAAGAUGGCAGACCACUUCGAAGUGUCAUUAUAAGACGCAAUAGAUGACAAUCAACCG